GAGCAAAAUGACAACUGGUUUGUUUUUAUCAACAAGGAAAAUUGGAAGUAGACGUUAAAGUUUUCCCUCUCCUGGCCUGUCCAGAGCAAAUCCUGACAGCCGACCAAAGAGGGACCCGUUUUUCUCCUGGAGACAUCUGUCAGCCCUACCAGCCACUCUGGAGCCGUCAGUACAAACACAGAAGAAGACAGUGAGCAGUGACCGUGGUCAAAUCAAGGCAGGUAUCUCUUCAGCUGAGGGGGGGGCUGUUCAGCGGGACGGAGCCAUGGAGCCACCAGAAGACAUGGAGGGCCGUAGCUUUGUGGAGGUGAUGAGUGAAAAGUACAGUCCAGAGAACUUUCCGUACCGCAGAGGGCCUCGGAUGGGGGUGGUGGUGGUGCCCACUGCAGGUCCGCAAGGCUCUCCUAUGAAAGACCGUCUGAACCUGCCCAGUGUGCUGGUGUUGAAUAGCUGCGGGAUCAGAAGGGCAGGAGACCAGGCUGAGAUUGCUGCCUUCUGUGCCCAUGUCAUGGAGCUGGACCUGUCUCAUAACAAGCUGCAGGACUGGCAUGAGAUCAGCAAAAUCGUGUCCAACAUCCCAAACCUGGAGUUCCUGAACCUGAGCUCCAACCCCCUGGCAGGAAUGACCCUUGAACCACGGUGUGCUGAAGCCUUUUCCGGGGUCCGGCGCCUUGUCCUCAACAACACUCAAGUGUCCUGGGACACCGUGAUGCUGCUCACGAGGGAAAUAUCCGAGCUGGAGGAGUUGUUUCUGUGCCUUAAUGAGUACAGUAGUGUGAGUGCCUCCAGUGUAGCCUGCCCCACCUUGCGCCUGCUUCACAUCACCGACAACAGCCUCAAGGACUGGGCCGAAGUCCGCAAGUUUGGCUCCAUGUUCCCCAGCCUGGACACUCUGGUCAUGGCCAACAACAACUUGGCCUCCAUUCAGGACAGCAAGGAUAUCCUGCCACGGCUCUUCCCCAACCUGCGCAGCAUGAACCUGCAUAACUCAGGUCUCAACCAAUGGGAUGACAUUGAGAAGCUGAACUUCUUUCCCAAGUUGGAGGAGGUGCGGCUGCAGGGCAUUCCCUUACUACAGACCUACACCAACGCGGAGCGACGCAGCCUCAUGAUAGCACAGCUCCCUUCAAUAUCGCUGCUAAACGGCAGUGUUGUGACUGAUAGUGAGAGAGAAGACGCAGAGAGGUUCUUCAUCCGUUACUACUUAGACUACCCAGAGGAGGAGCUGCCUUACAGAUACCAUUCCUUGGUAACCAAGUAUGGGAAGCUGGAACCACUUGCUGAGAUUGACCUCCGCCCUCGCUGCCGUGCCCAGGUGGAGGUUCACUGCGAGGAAAAAGUGGAGCAGCUGAGCAUCCGUUUGGACCAGACAGUAGCUGAGCUGAAGAAGCAGCUGACGACAGUGGUCCAGCUGUCCACCAACAGCAUGAGGCUCUAUUACAUCGACAAGUGCAGCGCCUUCGGUCCGGAGGAAAUGAAGUACAACACCCGGGCUCUCCACUCCUACAGCAUCCAAGAUGGCGAUGAAAUACUGGUGGUGCCCAAGACCAAGUGAAAAGCUGGUUUCCAAACUGGCUGAUUACAGUGCCGCUUGAUUGAUUGAUUAAUUGGAUUAUUUGUUGAUUGAUUAACUGACAUCACAAAAUAACUGGGAAAUACACAUGGAACAGCAUCAGCAGCCCACUUGUAACGGAGAGGGAAAGAAGAAAAUGACGUCUGCACUGUGGACUACAGUGGGCUGCUGGGAAGCGCUGGCUGGAAAUGCAGCCCGUCUGGAGAGAAUUUUAAGAACUUUAUUUAUUUCAGCUUUAUUUCAGGGCAUCCACAGGAGUUAGUGGACAAAUCAGUCACACUGGAGAACAGGCAGCGAGAGCAACUCGCAGUCAGCUCGCAGCUUAAGCCGGAGGGGGGGCACUGCUAUACCAGCAACGCAGCUCUAUCUCUUAGUACACGGCAUGUAUCAUAGCACCUGCAUAGGCAAGUACCCAACACCACUGGCUUGCCCACUCGUCGCAAAAGCUACCGUGAUUAGUCGUGAGGCAGUGCUGCUGAGUGGAGAGGGCUGCGUUCAUCCGCACUUUUAAAGUGGGCACUAAAUCAGGAAGAGCAGCUGUUGCUAAAGGAAAAAUCAUGCCUAAAACACUGUUCAAUGCAGGGGUUUGUGAUGAAACUACGAUUGUUUGGGUCCAUUUUGUUGGUCAGUGGUGUUUUGUUUUUUCAUAUUUCUAUGUAUAAUUGCCAAAGUUAUAAGAUGCUACAUCACAUUCAGAUUGUUCAGCAAAAUGCCAACAGAGUCAAAAAGCAAAGGAUUCUUUCUGGAGCCACAAAGACAAUCAGCAAUCAAUGUGAAUUUUAUGUUUGAAGACAUAUAAAAAAAAAUCUCUGCUUUGAAUAAUAGUUUGUUUGUUGUAGGUUUUCUUUCCCACAAGCAAGUUAGAAAUGUAGAAAUACAUUUACUCCUCCCUCAGCAACACAUCCAGAAUCUUUGAAUAUGCAAAUGUAAUUCCUUACAAAAAGUUCAACUGCUGGACACAAGAUCUUGUAACUUCACUGAAAAGUCCAUUCUCUGUGUAUGUGCCAUCCAGGCUUCAUGUUUCCACAUCGCACUCGUUGAGUCGUAUUCUGCAUCAGGAUUGGCUUCCAAACUGGUCGUCAGCAGAUGAAUGUGAAAACAGUUUUGUUGCAUCAAACUCUGCACAGUGACAUUCAAGUGAAGUGACUUUGAGCCAAACACAUUUUUGACCGGAGGGGGGAAUGUAAAUAAAGUGAUGUAGACAGAAGGGGAAAAUUACACCACUUUAUGACAAAAUGGCCUCAGGAGUGACCCGGAAUUGAUUAUAUCUAAUAGUGUAAAGGCAAUUUAAGACUUGGAGGAGGCUUACGACUGUGUCCUCCAGGGAGUCUUGUGGGGGGGGCAGCCAUCCAGUCCUUAUAUAACCAGAGUGAGAGCUGUGUCCAUAUUUUCGGGGAGGAAGUCCCUCACGUUUUCAGUGGGUGCUGGGCUUCAUCAGGGUUGUCCCUUGUCACCGAUUAUGCUUGUGGUUAGGCUCUCAACAUGCAGCUAGGUGGGAGGGGGAGUGCCUGGAUGGGGACCUGGAAAAUGUUGCUGGGGAGGAUGGAUGGAUGGAUUACCCUGCUUAGCCUGCUGCCACCAUGACCCGGCCCUGGAUAAGCAUCAGAAAAUGGAUGGAUGGAUGGGUGGAUGUUUCUUGUAGGGCUGUCCAGGAUCGGAUGUUAGUGUGUUACUUAUCACAGAACACCUACAGCACACACGUAUACACACACAUGCCCACAUAGGUGUCAUUAUUAUGGGCUGCCCCUACAGGAGUGAAAAAUUUGCUCUGCCACUACAGCAACCUCACUAAUUGUUUUUU